CAGAAGGCGGAGGCGCGCCCAAGAUGGCGGCCUCCAUGUGCGACGUGUUCUCCUUUUGCGUGGGCGUGGCAGGCCGGGCCCGGGUCUCCGUGGAAGUCCGCUUCGUGAGCAGCGCCAAGGGGAAAGGGCUGUUUGCCACACAGCUGAUCCGGAAGGGGGAGACCAUUUUCGUGGAACGGCCCCUGGUGGCUGCACAGUUUCUUUGGAAUGCACUUUAUCGAUACCGAGCCUGUGACCACUGUCUGCGGGCACUGGAGAAAGCAGAGGAGAAUGCCCAGCGGCUAACUGGAAAACCAGGCCAGGUUCUGCCCCACCCCGAGCUGUGCACCGUGCGCAAGGACCUCCACCAGAACUGUCCCCAGUGCCAGGUGAUGUACUGCAGCGCAGAAUGUCGCCUGGCAGCAGCUGAGCAGUACCACCAGGUCCUGUGCCCAGGCCCCUCCCAAGAUGACCCCCUGCAUCCUCUCAAUAAACUGCAGGAAGCCUGGAGGAGUGUUCACUACCCACCUGAGACAGCAAGUAUCAUGUUGAUGGCACGGAUGGUGGCCACAGUGAAACAGGCUAAGGAUAAGGAUCGUUGGAUCCGGCUGUUCUCCCAGUUCUGUAAUAAAACGGCCAAUGAGGAGGAAGAGAUUGUGCACAAACUGCUGGGGGACAAAUUCAAGGGCCAGCUGGAGCUUCUGCGGAGACUUUUCACAGAGGCCCUUUAUGAGGAAGCACUCAGCCAGUGGUUCACUCCAGAUGGAUUCCGGUCUCUCUUUGCUCUCGUUGGGACCAAUGGCCAAGGAAUUGGGACCAGCUCCCUGAGUCAGUGGGUCCAUGCCUGUGACGCUCUGGAGCUGAAACCUCAGGACCGAGAACAACUGGACAACUACAUUGAUCAGCUCUACAAGGACAUUGAGGCAGCAACUGGCGAGUUUCUUAACUGUGAAGGAUCCGGCCUCUUUGUGCUGCAGAGCUGUUGCAACCACAGCUGUGUUCCCAAUGCAGAGACCUCCUUCCCAGAAAAUAACUUCCUUUUGCAUGUCACUGCCUUGGAGGAUAUUAAGCCAGGAGAGGAAGUCUGCAUCAGCUACUUAGACUGCUGUCAGCGGGAGCGCAGCCGCCACAGCCGCCACAAGAUUCUCAGGGAGAACUAUCUUUUUGUCUGUUCCUGCCCCAAAUGCGUGGCAGAGGCAGAUGAACCCAACGUGACCUCCGAGGAGGAGGAAGACGAAGAGGAGGAAGAAGAUGCAGAGCUGGGGGAUGAGAUGACUGAUGUGUGAUGUUGCCUGCAUAGAAAGGCCCUACUCAGACCCUGCCGGGAAAGGGGGCCUUCCCUCAGAGAAGAGGCUUGGAAGGAACUCCCCAGACCCACUGCCUGCUUCCCCUCCUUCCAGUUCUGGUUCUGCGGGAGGGUAGGACAGAGGCUGGCCCCUAGGCUCUCCAUCCCCCACCAGACGUCAUGCCCUGGACACUGCUGCUGAGCAGCCUGGGCUCUGCACUAUCACUGAGCCUUUCCAACCUGCUUCCCCUGAGGCACCUCACUUCAGGGUGUGAAUGGCGAGAACAUGUCAGGGCUUAGCAGUGUUUCUUCCCCUCGGCCUCCUGGCCAUGCUUACCCAUUCACCUGAGGCGCCACCUUCUCAGUGCUAGUGAGAGGGUAACAGAGUGGCAAAUCAGAAUAGUGUUAGCUUAUGGAAGAAGGGAGGUGCCCUACCUUCCCCCACUACACUAUUGUAGUCGAUAAGGCAACUGUUCGGCUGCUUACGUAGCUGUGAGGGUCAGGAAAGAAGAACUGGGCAUCCAGAGCACCGUCCCUAUGGCUCUCUUCCGUCGGGAGAACACUGAGCCAGGGGCAUUACCUCCCUCUCCACCUCUUCAAGCUCACUGUCAGACAUCUGGGCUACUUAGAUUAACCUCUCCGCCACACUCCAGAAUCUGUGCUUGUGCCUUGCCCCUCAGGCUCUGGCAUAGUGGCUGGCCCCUUUGGGGUAUGGAAGAGGCUUCUGCCUCCCUCAGGAGGAAGGGGCAGAUGGGGUAUCUUCACCCUUUCUCCGUACCCUUGUCCCACUGAGGACUCCAGCAACGUGGCUGAAGCCUGGGCGUUGACGUGCCCAUGCUGCUUAAUUGAGGAUGCUCUCGCCUCUUCGUGGGACCAGGUUAAUAGGAGUCAGUGAGACUCCUGCCCUGGAUCUCCAUCUUUAGGGUCUCCACAGAAGAACAUUGAAGUCUUCCAAAGACCUGAGGAGCUGGGCUACUCUGAGAUCGGCCCUGACCUGCCCUCUCCCCUCAGAUUAGCACUACCCCUCUCACUCCUAGGUUGGACAUUGUGGGAAUUCCAACUCCUUUCACCCAGUUCCUUCCAGCUUACCUUCCCUGAGAGGCCUGCUGCCCCCACACACCCCCCUCCCCUGAGGGAUCCCAGGGAGGGUAGGUGCCCCACAAGCCCUUUCCUGGAUUGUGGAGCCAGGUGGUGCCUGCCUGCCUGGCCUGUUGGGUUCUUCACAGCAGCUAGUAUCCCCUCCCACCCCAUCUGCCCACUAUUCUCAAUAAAAUGUGAAUGGUGACAGGCCUCUGCAGGAAUGC